CAGAAAAUAAACAUAAUUAAAGUGGCGCAAAAUUUGAUUGCAUGACAAAGUUAAAAUGUAAAAUUUCUAAAUUGAAAUGACUUAGUUACUGUGAUAACAAUGUUAAUUCACAGUAGCGUCGGGGGAUCGAUAGUUCUCGAUGAUACUGUGAUGUAAGUGAAAAUUACAAAGAUGAGUGACGUAAAGCAAGUGAAAGUGGACAACUGGGGAAUAUACUUCCUUCAAAGGUUAAAGCACUUUUUUAACCGAACAGAUUAUUGUGAUCUCACGCUCCAAUUCCAGGAUAAUGCUCAACUCAAAGUACAUAGAUUAGUUCUAAAUGCUUGCACAGAAUACUUUGAGAUAUUGGAAAGAACAUGCGAGAUGUACGAAGAUUGCCUCGUUAUGCCGGAUGACUUGCAAGCAGACGUUGUCGUCCCGAUAAUUAACUUCAUGUACACCGGACAGCUAGAAUUUAAAAUGGAUUUACUAGAAAAAUUGUAUCAAACAUCACUCAUAAUGAAUAUGCCAGUUUUAACGAAACUGCUUGAUUCUCAUCGAAUGAAAUCAUCAUCAACCAAUUUGUAUGGUAAACGGUAUAGUAGGAGCAGUGAAUUGGUUAAGCAAUCGUCUGCAACGUCUUCUGUGAAUAACUCUCAACCAAAAAAACGCACAUUUACUAAGGCAUUUGAGAAUAUGACUGAACCACAAAUUAUUAAAAAGCCAACAUUAGCUAAAACAGAUGUUAUGUAUAAUAGUGGAGUAUAUAGCGAAUCUCCUGUUAAAACAGUGAUUAAGGAUCCAAAACCGACGAGGUAUGAAUUACCAGCAGAACUGGAUGAUGAUAAUAUUUUUGAAAACUCUUUCACAAGCAUAUCAUAUACAUCAAAACCACUGAUGGUACAUCCAGAAACAACUAAAUAUUAUUCACCUAAGAAAAACAGAAUCUUUGACGAACCAUCAGGCUCUAAAAGAUUUUUGUCUGGAACAUCAACAAUGGAUAUUGUUGAAUGCAGAAAAAUAUCUUCGAAUGAAAUGUUUGAAGAUGUCAUACAAGAUAAUAUGCUUCUUGAUACAGAAGACACAUCUCUCAAGGAAAAGAAAGAUGCAAGCCAACUGUUUGAUCAAAUAUUAGUUAAUGAUGGACCAAAAAUGUCCAUUGAGACUAAAAAUAACAAACAAGCAAGUAAUUUAGAUCAUGCAAAGAUUAUAAGUGAAGUUCUUAAAAAAUAUCCACAUUUAGUGAAAAGUAACAAGAACAUUAAAUUAAAAAUAUUAAAUACUCCAACCAAGUCUAAUAAAAAAGUUGAACAAAAACCAAGAUCAAAGUUGGAAAUACCAGAUUUCACUUAUGAAACUGAUGUUGUUGAUUCAAAAGAAGCGGCACGGCUUAUCGCCUUAGGUGCCGAAAAUAUCAAAGGUCCGUGGAUUUGUUUAAUCUGUGGUACUCCUGGAAGAGCACUUCAUUUUACAAGUUAUUACAAUUAUCGUCGUCAUUUGGUAGACGUGCAUAAUGAGAAGCCUGUAUCAACUAUUUGUGAAUAUUGUGGCUUGAAAUCAUUGAAAAGAAAUUAUUUGCUUCACCAUCUCUACACUAAGCAUGAUGUUGAACCACCACCUAAUUACAAUUUCCCGAAAUGCAACAUUUGCAACUAUGUUGCUUUAACGGAAGCAUUUUUAGCAAAACAUAAGCUCUCCCAUGCAGACGCCAAACAUUUCCGUUGUACUGUAUGUUCCUCGACAUUCUACACAACAAAAUUAUUGUUACAGCAUAUACAAAAAACUGGCCACAAGUAUAGUGGUGAAAAGAAGCCAGCUCCACAGUGCAUAUAUUGCUUCAAAUUCUUCACAAGGGAUAAUUAUUUGUAUGCUCAUCUUAAAGCUAAUCAUUAUCAGGCAGCAAAGAAUGAUGGUAUAAUUGAUGAUUCUGAUGAAGAAAAGAGCUAUACAAAAAUAAACACUGAAUCUAUUAAAAAUGAACCAUCAUCAAAAUAUAUAGAGUUGGAAAUUCCAAAUUUUGAAAAUAGCUUUGAAAAUACUUCAUAUCAACUUGAGCAAAAUGCAGAUGGCAAUAUUGAAAUUAUGGCGAAAAAGCCUAGAGUUUUAACUCCAAUGAAUAAGAGCAAAAUUUUGAAUCCUGGAUUCAGUAAGUCACAAACUACAAAUAGUAAUCAAAACAUUAAUAUCCUUAGAAAUACACCUAAGAAUGAUUUCUCUCAAUCAUUGGCUCAAACAAAUAAAGAGGAGAUUGUAAUUAUUGAUAAUAAUGAAUACAUUCUACAAGACUUCCAAUUGGUACCUAAACAAGACAAGGUAAAUUCAAGCUUUAUGUCUGAUACUUAUCACACAGAGCCGCUAGAAGCAUUACCAACAAUUAGUUCACCUCCAGAGUAUUCCAACGCUGAACAGGCUAAGGUAAUACUUAAGAAAUCUACUAAUAUUAAUCAACCCAUACAAAUAGUUGUAUCGAAUGAAGAAGAAUACAAGGCAUUACUAUCAUCUCAUCAUUCCAUCAUCUUUGAUAAUGGUGAUGCUAAUAAAGCAAUGACUGUACUGACAACACCAAAUACAACUGUAGGAAAUACAAUUCAUUUAAAUAAUUCACAAGCAAAUGAUAUGAUGAUAAUUAGAGAAAACUAUCCAAUUAACAUAUCCGAAGCAAAUAAUACUGAUAAUUCAAAUAUAGUUGUUGUAUACAGCCAUCCUGUUGACGAUCCAAACAAACAUUAUCAAUUAAUCACAACAUCACAAAGCAUGGAGACACAGUAUGUACAACCAUCUGCUAUAAUCACACAAAAUUAUGAGACAGUAACAACAACUACUCCAAUAAUAGGCAGCCAUGAAGUCAUUGAUAAUGCAACAGUUGAUAAUUCUUGGCAAAAUGAGACACAGGACCAUACUUUACCAAUUCUUAAAACAUCCGAAAUGCAAAUUAUCUCCCAUACAGACCCAGCAAAAAUACAUCAUGAUAAUAGCACUGAUUUAAGUGAAUUGCCUGAAGUGGAAUUAGCUCAACCUACUGUUGAAGAAGUCCAUAUACCUGAACAUACACCUACUCCAGAAACAACUGUUAUUACACAAAAUAAUGAGAUAGGAAAUAUUGAUACAGAACAAAAUAAUGUACAAAGCCUUGCUGAAGUAAUACCUGAGUCUUCAUUUGAACCAGCUUCAAUGAUACCAGCCAGUACAAUAUCUACCAUUGACAAUAUCAGCGAACCAAUGAUGGUUGAUACCUUUAAAGAAGUCAUAGAUAAUAUUGAGCAACAGCCCGCUGCCAUUGUAGGACCACAGCCUAGUGAUAGUAUUGAAGUGUCGGGAGCUCCAGAUGCUUCUACAGAGCCAGCAGUAGAAGCAGAAACAUUACCUCCAAAUUCAAGUGUCAUUAACAAUCCUUUGAUAGAAACAUUAUCGGAACCAUGUGUUGAACAAAGCACUAUUAGAACUGAGGUCAUAAUGGAAGUACAAAAAGCUCAAUCUAACUCAAAUGUCUUGGACGAAAAUACUACAGAAAACUAUCAAGAGCCAUGUAACACAACAGAAGAAGAUAAUAGAGAGGGUGAUGAAGAAACCAUUGAAAAUAUUGCAAGGGUUAUUGGUGUAGACCCAGAUACUUUGGGACCAGCAGAGACAGUCAAAGAACCAUUACAAAAUGAAGUCAUUGUUGAAAAACCUAUUAUCAAAGAACAAAUUGCAAACUUAACAUCAGAAUGGUCGGAGGAUGAAGCUGAUGUUCCAUCUCAGCCUGUAAAUAAUACUACUGAAGAAUGUAGUACUCUUCCACAAGAAACUGAAAAUCCAGAACCAGUCCAGGAAAUAACAUCUACAGAAACUGAACAGAUGGAAACAAAUGAUGAUAAAAUUGAAGAGAAAGCUGAUGAUGAAAGUAUUGCACCACAAGAAAACAGUAUGCCUAUUGUUGAAGAUGUAAACAUUUGUGAGUCAACUACACCAAAAGAGGUGGUUACUGAAAAUACUACUACUACAGUGCCACCACAAGAGAAAAUAUCUUCAUUGCUAAAUGAUUGGGAGGACAAUGAUUCUCAAGAAGAGAAUAAUACAGAAGAUAUUACAUCUAUUCCAACAGAAGUCAUAAAGAACACCACGGAAGUCCUAAAGAACACCACAGAUGUGGCAAAUGAAACUAUCGCUACUAAAGUUGAUCCAAAACCUGAUAUAAGAAAUCUUGUAAGUGAUUGGGAUGAAGAUGAAGAAGAAGAAAAUAAGAGCUAAUUUGAUUUGUUAGUGAAGGUAGAAAACUGUAUGUAUGAUGACAUAUUGAGCAAAUUAUGUUAAAUGUUAGAAAAAUGUCCUUGAAGAUGCCUUUUCUGUAUGAAUAUUAGAUAUUAAGCAUACUCCUUGAAGCACUUGAUGUAAUUAGUUAAAAUAAAAUGAACAUUUUGAGAAUUUGAACUAAAAUCAUAAUUUGAGUUACUUUUGUGUAGAUAAUUGGGUGUAAACUUUUUGUAAAUGUGAGUUUUGAACUAUAUGAAUCUUUUAUUAUUAUUAUUUUUUUAUUUUAAAUUAAUCUGAGAACUUUUUUUAUGUGUAUUGCAUAAUAUCUGAAGACACGUUAUCUUACAUAAAAAUAGGUAUUUAUACAUUUUAAAUACAUUGAUAUGUAUUGUAUAUUGAUUGUAGAAUACUUAAGAGUAGCAACUGCAAUUUACCUAGAUAAUAUGUAAGCUAAUAAUCUCGAUAAUAAUAAUAAUGUGUAAAGUGUGUUAGCUAAUAAAAAUAGACAGUUUAUAUGAUACAUGUUUAUCAAAAGCAUCUGUAAAUUGACCUAUAAUUGUUGCAGCAAAAGACCAUGAACUUGUAAUUGUUUUAAAUCUAAGAUAAUAAAUUAUAUUGUAAACUAAAA